AUGCUAACACUGCUGGUUUUCGCCUUUCUUGGGCUGGCUUUUGCCGAGAACGGGAUUGAUGGCUGGCUGCGCUAUGCAAGUUUGCCUCGAGAUGUCGCAGCUGGGGCUAGAAUCCCAGGGGCCAUUAUUGCGCUCAACGACUCAGUGGUAAGCCCGAUCUUCACGGCCGGGCGAGAGCUUCAGAAGGGCAUCGCAGGUAUUACGGGCGUUCAGCUCAAGGUCAGUUCGACUACGACCGGAAACACGUCAAGCAUAACUGUUGGUACCCUCGACUCGGUGGCAUCAGCCGCUGGCCAGGUCGCCAAUCUGCCUGAGCUUACCGGAGAUGGCUUCUACCUCGAUACCACAGGCUCCGGGGUCCGGAUCAUCGGUCAUACCGAACGCGGAGCUCUGUAUGGGGCUUUCGAAUACUUGUCCAUGCUUGCGCAGGGAAAUUUCUCUGAGGUGUCCUAUGCCAGCAACCCUAGUGCCCCAAUUCGGUGGGCAAACCAGUGGGACAAUCUAGACGGUAGCAUAGAGAGAGGCUAUGCGGGACCCUCGAUCUUCUUCAAGAACGGCGCAGUCGUGAGUGAUCUCACUCGUGUCUCGCAGUAUGCACGGCUUUUGGCGUCGGUUGGUAUCAACGGCCUCGUGGUGAACAACGUGAACGCAGCUCUGGCCGCAAAUAUCCCAUUACUCAACUCGGCAAACAUUGCCGGGCUCGGCAGGAUAGCGGAUGCCAUGAGACCAUGGGGCGUUCGGCUUGCGCUCUCACUCAACUUCGACGCGCCUCGGAACAACGGGGGGCUAGCCACUUCGGACCCCUUCGAUUCUGCAGUCAUCAAGUUCUGGGACGACAAGACGGCGGAGCUCUAUCGAAGCAUUCCGGAUCUUGCUGGUUUCCUGGUAAAGGCCAAUUCGGAAGAUCAACCUGGGCCGUUGACCUAUAAUCGCACGUUAGCCGACGGGGCAAACUUGUUCGCCAAGGCAUUGAAGGCCCAUGGUGAUGGUCUCGUGAUGUUCCGUGCCUUUGUGUACGACCAUCAUCUCACUGAGGACAACUGGAAGAAUGACCGAGCCAAUGCUGCUGUAGAUUUCUUCAAGCACCUUGAUGGCCAGUUCGACGACAACGUGGUCAUCCAGAUCAAAUAUGGACCUAUCGAUUUCCAGGUCCGCGAGCCGCCGUCGCCACUGUUUGCCAACCUGCUGCAGAGUAAUGUGGCUAUAGAGUUGCAAGUCACUCAAGAGUACCUAGGACAGCAGAAUCAUCUGGUCUACCUGCCACCAUUAUGGAAGACGAUACUGGAUUAUGACUUGAAGGUCGAAGGGCAGUCUUCAGUGAUUGGGCGUGAUAUCUUGACUGGCCAUCGUUUCAACCGGUCAACAAACGGGUAUGCCUCUGUAAUCAAUGUUGGGACUAACACCACGUGGCUUGGCCAUCACCUUGCCAUGUCCAACUUCUAUGCAUACGGUCGCCUCGCUUGGGACCCCUUGCGCGAUGAGACUCAGAUUGUAGAAGAAUGGGCACACCUGACUUUCGGCUCGGAUAGAAAAGUCAUAGAUACGAUCACCGACAUGUCCCUAGAGUCCUGGCCGGCAUAUGAGAACUACACUGGCAACCUGGGCAUCCAGACUCUGACUGACAUUACGGGCCCCCAUUACGGACCGAACCCGGCUUCGCAAGACGGCAAUGGCUGGGGACAGUGGACGCGAGCUGAUGCGACCACUAUUGGCAUGGAUAGAACAGUGUGGAACGGCACUGGGUUCUCGGGGCAAUAUCCGCCUGAGAUAGCAGCGAAGUACGAAAAGAUCGAGACGACGCCGGAUGACCUCUUGCUGUGGUUCCACCACGUGCCUUACACCCAGCGACUUAAAUCGGGCAAGACCGUGAUCCAACACUUCUAUGACGCUCAUUACGCAGGUGCUGAGACGGUGCAGAGUUUUCCGGAGAGGUGGGCGUCGUUGAAGGGACUCAUUGAUGAUGAGCGUUUCAACGAGGUUGCCUUCCGUCUGGAGUAUCAGACCGGCCACGCCAUCGUCUGGCGAGAUGCGAUCAAUGAGUUCUACAGGAACAUGUCAUCGAUACCCGAUGACCAAGGGCGCGUUGGCAACCACACGUGGCGUAUCGAGGCUGAGAAGAUGACGUUGAGUGGCUACCAGGCCGUCUCGGUGACACCGUUUGAGACUGCAUCGGGUCGGAAGGCCAUCACGACAUCGUCGAACCAAACAACCGGUACCGCAACUGCCACCUUGGACUUCCCCUCGGGUGUGUAUAACAUUGGGGUUAAUUACUAUGACGUGAUGGGCGGUCGUGCCAAGUAUGAAAUCCUCCUCAACGGGCAGACUCUGGGAAAAUGGGAGGGUAAUCUCGAGGAUAAGCUUGGCAACACAUUCUCGUCUCAAUUGAAUGGACAUUCAGCGGCCCGAGUCUAUUUCAAGGGCGUGAAUGUUGAGAAAGGCGCCGUGCUUACGAUCAGGGGAACUCCGGACGGCGGGGAACCUGCCCCCUUAGAUUAUGUAUCUAUACUUCCGAUUGGACGUGUUGACUAG